AUGGAGCUGACUUGUGGAAAUGAGCAGAACUUUGCUGAUCAAGAGAAGCGAAAGAUGAAGAGAUAUCAGCAGCUGACAGAAGAGAUAGAAGCCAACGGAUGGGCUUGCAAGCUCCAGACAGUAGAAGUGGGAGCUCGAGGCAUUUACAACUAUAGCCUCCCAACCUUUAUGAACCACCUGAACGUAAACAACAAAGAGAAGAAGAAGGCCUGCAUGAAGAUCGCUGAGAUCAGCCUGAGGGCAUCGUACACCAUCUAUUUGUCCAGAAACAAUACCAUAUGGACAGAUGAUUGGGAGUUAGUCAAGAGACCAAUAAUGAUAAUCAGAUGCACUGUGCUGGUUGCUCUAACACUGUGGACAGCUGAAGCUUUCAUCAAACCUAAGUGCAGAGGAAUUUGGUCAGAUUGGGGCAAGUGGAGAGGGCUGUGCUCUGAGAGCUGCUCUGGUCACAGGACUCGUACCAGAGAUUGUGUUAAUAACGGUUUGUUCUACUGCGGUGAUCCCACAUGUAGCGGAGAUGACACUCAGCGAGAAAGAUGUGGCGGAGAUAGAACUAACGGAGGGUGGAGCGAGUGGUCUGUGCCAGAGUGUCGGUAUUGCGGACAGAAACGUCUUAGAACGAGAAAAUGUGACUCUCCUCGGCCGUCCUGCGGAGGAAGAAAGUGUCGGGGUAAGAAGUGGGAGGUAACACGAUGUGGUCAGUCAGGAUGUCCCGGUCUAGAGGGAAACCUUAUCGUUCAGCAAGAUGAUCACAGCUGUGGAGCUACAAUAACAGUGUCAUGUCCUCAAUGUCAUAGACUGGAGGGGUCACCUAAACUGCGGUGUCUCCCUGACGGACUGUGGAACAAGAACUCUCCGCAGUGUGUUCCUCUAGAUGGCAUACAGGCACAAUGGAGCGCAUUUGGACCUUGGGAUGACCACUGUAGGGCCUGUAAUCAAGUGAUAACACGACGGAGAACUUGCCAGUCGGUGUGUGGAGAGGUUUGUAGAGGGGAUGCAGUGGAACAGUAUAUAUGUGGAAGUGCUGGAUGUUCGAUCAACGCGUUUAUUCAUCGCAGUACUGAUCUAGUUAGCAGCAAAGACGCAUUCAUGUGCGCUGAAACCGCGACGCUGAGAUGCCGAUCCCCCGACAAAGUGCUACAAGGAAACGCCCUACUGACAUGUGGCCUUGGAGGAUGGGAGGGAACUUUACCCAGAUGCGUGGACGAGAGUUGCUCUCCGAUACCGCACUUUGAUAAUGGGAGGGUCAUGUCAACUGGCCUGACUUACGGCAAGUUUACUCACUUUAUGUGCAACGAUGGCUACGAACUCCAAGGUCAGCAGUAUUUAGUGUGUCUGGGAACUGACUGGAGUUACAGCUUCCCAACUUGUGUCAAAAAGGUGGAUCAGUGCGUUGAAUUACAGUUAACAGAACAUCAUAUCAAGAACUCAAGUUCUGUAGAUAUUGGGGCUGCUAUUGAAAUAUCCUGCGUCAAAGGUUACGAGACUGUAGGAGUAUCAGAUCUGUUCUGUCUUGACGGAGGGUUGUGGAGCUCUGACAUCCCUGACUGUGACAAGAUCACGUGUAUCACUCUCCCCGAAAUGGAGCACGCUCUAGUCACCCACUCAGAAUCAGGUAACCGAGUAGAGGUAUCAUGUGAGAAGGGGUACCAACUGUCUGGAGCAGCGGUGUUGGAAUGUACAGAGAGUGGAGAAUGGAGCAGUGGAAUUCCAUCCUGUCAACCUAAUAUCUGCCAGUUACCAAGUACAAAUAACGGAUUGUGGUAUCGGGUAGCUGACAGACAUAUCGCUUUAUUGCGAUGCGAUCGAGGUUACUCAGUAGAGGGUGACUCAGAGCUGCUCUGUGGUGAGGACAAUAACUGGACAAGUGCCAACAUUGGUCGGUGUGUGCUAAGACAGUGUGCUGUGCUGGGAGCUGUGGAUGAUGGAGUUCUGUCCACUAACGAGACUGCUGCUGGAACUGUUGUGGAAAUAACUUGUAAUGAGGGAUACGCGAGAUCAGGGCACUGGAAACUGACGUGUUUAAGUAACGGAGGUUGGGACUACCCUGCACCUGACUGUAGAGUAACAGAGUGUCAGACUCUACCGGGGAUUGAGAACGGAUACGUGUCCUCUCAAAGGUUUGUUCAAGGUUCAGUGGUAGAGAUAAUCUGUGAACCGGGCUACAGGCUCAUCGGGCAAAGAUCACUGAAAUGUCUUAAAUCAGGUGACUGGUCAGCAGAGAUGCCACGUUGUGACCUGUUCGGCUGUGUAACUACAGACGCGGUACAGAACGGCUCCAUCGCCUCGGAUAUUAUUCCUCUCAACCGGGACUCGUGGAUUGUGUGUCAGGAGGGAUUCCAGCUUGAAGGUGAGGAAGCAGUCACCUGUACAGAGGGCGGGAUCCUCCAGAUAUCACCUCUCAGCAGGUGUAUACCCCAAUCCUGUGAUCUCUUCUCUGCACCUAACGGAGACGUGAUCAUUGAAGACGUCAUUUUGGGGAGCCGGGCUCAAGUCACGUGUCACUAUGGUUACCGGAGAUCGGGUCUGGAAUCGGUCACGUGUCAGAGUAAUGGGGAGUGGAGUGGACUGCUUGGUUGUGAGAAAAUACUCUGUCCUCAGUUCCCUGUACUGUAUAAAGGGUAUAUCGAAGGAUCCGGGCACAGCGUUGGAGAUUCAGCGAGUCUGAUCUGUGAGAUUGGGUUCGUUCCAAGUGAUGCAGACCACAUCACGUGUACUGAGGAAGGUAGAUGGAGCAAUGUUGAUAGGCUGGGGUGCGUGGAUAAUGGGUGCCCUUCUCUGCAGAGGCCUCAUCAUGGCAUGUUUAUCAGCGUGCCUGGGCCUGCUAUCAGUCUGUUCUGUAAUGAUGGAUACAAAGUGAUGGGCAGCAAGAUACUGUCAUGUAGUGACGGAAGGUGGAACAGCACGAUACCCAUCUGUGGUCUGGAUGUUCAGUGUCCUAAACUAAUUGUACCGUUCGCUGGUACCCUCAGCUCUAAUUCUACUGAGUACGGCACUCAGGUAACAGUUGAGUGCGCUAAUAGUCACGUGCUCAGUCACGCUGACCCCAUAUUCUGCAACUCAUCAGGCCUCUGGAACGGGUCCCUCCCCUCUUGUAACUUCCCCGACUGCCCUGAUCUGUCCAGUCUAGACGGUGUCACUUUAACGGGCACUAGUGUUGGGGACACAGCAUCACUAGAUUGUGGGAGCUGUAAGAAGAGUAAAGGAGAGAAGCACAGUGUGUGUACUGCUGGAGGGGUCUGGGACCCUCCUCUCGGCAGGUGCCAAAACGUCAUCUGCAAAACAAAGAUAAACAGAAGACUCUACGAAUCUGUUGAAGGAGGAAUCCCGACUAAAUGCGGGAAAAGUGUCUCGUUUGUCUGUAAACCUGGUUACACUACUAUUGGCAGGACCACUAUCACGUGUUACGACACAGGUCAGUACGAUUACCACGUCCCUUUCUGUGUGGAGAGCGGAAUUUUCAGGGUCAGACGUCAACGUAGAAAACGAGACGAUUUUGACGAAUCUUAUGAUCACUCACUUGCUGAAGAUUCACACGAUUUUGAAGAGUCACAUGAUGUUGAAGAUUCAGUAGAUUUUCAAGAUUCAGUUGAAGAGUCUCUUGUUACGGACAGUUGAAGAAGUGAUGAUAAUUUGAAGAUCAUAAUUAAAUUUACCUGAUCGAGAAAGCGAAAAGUGAAAGACUUGCACACGAAGAAAUAAGAUAUGGUGAGCAGUCAGUUUUACUCUAGGAUCAUUACGAAAAGAACAUGUAUUUUAACGGAUAGUUCAGUUUCGCACCGAAUCAUAUGCACGACUGUUAACAACAUAACAGUGUUAACAUUGUUAACAGUGUUAACAGUGUUAACAUUGUUAACAGUGUUAACAGUGUUAACAUUGUUAACAGUGUUAUCCGGCUGGUUUGAAGAGGAAGACUGUUUAUGGACUCUUUGGACGGCCUUCAUCAGUAGAUUGAAUGGCAGUUUUGCUCACAUUUGUAUUGCUGGGUUAAACUCAUAUGGUUACCGGGUUUCUGCUUGCCUUUAUCUAUGGUUUACGGUCUAAUGUUUCUAGUGAAUGAUAGGUUUUUCGGGUUUGAGAAAAGUGUUAAGAUUUUAGGAGCACCGAAUUUGGUUCUGGUUCGUAUGAUAUCACAUAUCAGAGGCAAAAUUAAGCCUUGAUACUGGUAUUUGUUUACACUCCAGUAAAAACUAAGUCGCGGAGUUUCAUUUAAUUUCGAAAUUGGACGCUAUUUAUAUAUUUGAGCAGCAUAUUUGGUCCCUAUUUACUGAAAUUACUGAAAUAAUGGUUAACAACGAAAUUUUACCAACGCAAAUGUUUCGUGUUUUCGCAGAGCUUUGCAAAAACAUUUUCAGUUAUGAUUAAGUUUAACGUUAUUAUUUUUCAAAAUAGGAUAGUGAUUUUUUAGGUGCCCCAAAAGUUUAAUUGUUUUAAGAGUGUUUGAGCAAACGACUGUUAAAUUUGUAUGGAAUUUCUCUCUGAAGAAUGUUUUGAUAUAACUAAACAUUACAAUCAGAAUAAAUGAAUAGUAUUAGUACUAAAAUAUCUUUCGAUCAAUUUCGAGUUUAAACAUUAAGAAAAAUUCAUGAUUGUAAAAUUUGUUCAUAGAAAUCAUUACGGUAAGAGAGCCCAACAAUUGAUGUAAAAUUAUUAUUGUUUUUAAAUUAUAUGAUAACUAGAAUUAAAUCUGGCAAUAGGUUUUUUAAAAACGUUUAUCGAAAAUCCAAUGAAUUGUGCAAUUUAAUUGAUUAAUUACACUAAUUGAUUACACCCUGCGUAAUAUCGACUUUAACGCUAUGUUUAUAAAGUUAUAGAAUGUUGUGAUACUGGUUAUUUGUUUUUGUAACUUUGUAAAUUAUUUUAAGAUCCGU